GCCGUCACGGCGCAAAAGGUGUCGUACUCAGACACCACCGGCCUCACCUUCUACCAGGGAACCAAGACGCAGCGAGUCGGCGGCGACCCGGUCCCUACCGGCGUCUACCACUCCUACAGCCACAAGAUCACCCUCACCGGCGCCCACUCGCAGUCGACGAGCUCGGGCUCCAGCUCGUCCAAGACGGUCAGCGCCAGCUUCCCGACCGGCUCGCUCACCACCGGCGCCAACGCCACGGCCACGGGCUCCGGAGUGCCGCAGCCGACUAACACGCAGGCCUGCAACAACCACGUCGAGUUCUGCACGCGCAAGUUCAGCAACAUCACGCAGGUGGGCUGCCACAACUCGCCGUUUGUGCGGCCCGGCAACUCGGGCUCCAACCAGGAGCUGGACGUCAAGACGCAGCUGGACGACGGCGUGCGCUUCCUGCAGGCCCAGAUGCAGUUCCCGGCCAACAGCUCCGUGCCGCACUUUUGCCACACAACCUGCGACCUGCUGGAUGCCGGCCCCAUCAACGAAUGGCUGAGCGAGGUGUACUCGUGGGUGGACGCCCAUCCCUACGACGUCGUCACGAUUCUGCUGGAGAACGGCAACUACUCGGACCCGUCCAUCUACGUGCCGUACAUCCAGGAGACGGGCAUCCUCAAGUACACCUAUGUGCCCACCGUCUUCCCCAUGGGCAUCGACGACUGGCCCACGCUGGAGAACCUCAUCCUCCACGGCAGCCGCGUCGUCAUGUUCCUCGACUACAAGGCCAACCAGACGGCCUACCCAUGGCUCAUGGACGAGUUCUCCCAGAUGUGGGAGACGCCCUUUGAUCCCGUGGACCGCGCAUUCCCUUGCACCGUCCAGCGCCCACCAGACCUGUCCACCUCGGCGGCCCAGGAUCGCCUCUACCUGAUGAACCACAACCUCAACGCCGAGUUCAACGUCUUCAGCCUGGAGUUGCUGGUGCCGGCCGUGUCGCUGCUCAACGAGACCAAUGCCGCCGAGGGCUAUGGCAGCGUGGGUCUGGCCGCGAACAACUGCCGUUCUGACUGGGGACGCGCGCCGAACAUCCUAAACGUGGAUUAUUACAACUAUGGCUCGCCGCCGGGAUCGGUGUUUGAGGCUGCGGCGAGACUAAACAACGUUACGUAUAAGAAUACGUGCUGCGGACAGGUUCAGGCAAGCGACGCUGCGGCGUUGAUGCGAGGAGCGAGGGGGUUGUUUAUAAGCUGGGCAAGCGUUGUGACUUUGAUCGCGUCGGCAUGGUUGACGCUAUAG